AUGACCAAGCUGUCGCCUAACGUGUACAUGUACCACCCGCCCACAACGACCCCGGCGCCCGCGAGCAGCAGCAACAGCAACACCACCGCGCCGCCAAAGCUCGUCGUACUGCUGACGUGGAUGGGCGCGCGCGAGGCGCACAUCGCCAAGUACGUGCGGCCGUACCAGGCGCUGUUCCCGUCGUCGCCGAUCCUGCUGGUGCGGUCCGAGCCCAUGCAGUUCCUCGUCCCGGGGGGCGGGCUGGCCGAGGCGGCGACAGCCAAGACGGCGCUGCAGUCGGUCCUGCCGCCCACCGACACCAAAACCGACACGCCACCCGAGGUGCUCGUGCACGCGUGGUCCAACGGCGGCAGCAAGGUGCUGUUCCAACUCCGCUCCGCCGUCGGCGCAGCCUCGUUCCCACGACACACAGUAGUCCUCGACUCUGCGCCAGGGCAGUUGACAUACCACGGGGCGAUCGCGGCGUUUGCGGCCGGGCUGACCGGGCUGACGCGCUGGGCGGUGCUGCCCAUCUUGCACGUGCUGUCGGGCUUGUUCGUGGCGUGGAAGGCGCUAUUCGGGCGCGUCGCGCCCGAGGCGCUGGCGCGCGUGUUCGCUGCGCACAACGGCGCGCAGUGGCGCGCCGCCGAGGUCCGCCGAACGUACAUCUACAGCGACGUCGAUGCGCUGGUGGACUCGCGGCACGUCGAGCAGCAUAUCGCUGAUGCGGAAAAGGCGGGGUUUGAUGUGCGCGUCGAGAAGUUCGAGGGUACGCCGCAUGUUGCUCACGUCCGCGGCGGCGAGGACCGGUACUGGCGCGCCGUCAAGGAGACGUGGGAGGGCGUUGCGUGA